AUGUGCAAUGACGAAGGAUUUACGCCUUUAGGGCUAUGUGUAACUCGAUACCUGGCGUUGAAAAAUGAUGUGAAAGAUUGGGAGAAGACCUUUCUACGAAACCCCGGAGAACUUGCGUAUCCCGAAAAUACAUUGAAAUGGAGGCAUCAAGGAGAAGAUUUGGAGGAAUAUGUG